UAAGUUCUUUACGGAAUUUUACAACCGGCUUAAGAGAUAAAAAACAAUGACAAAGUUACACAAAGCCGGGGGUGUAUUAAAUUUUAAGAGUAACGAAUUCUAUUGUUUAUCAUUACUUAGGGGACGUCGGUACUCGGUGGGUAUCCCAAGUCCCAAUAUCUAUUGUGUGUAUGUCUACCUGAGUGUACCCAUGUUGGUACAUCAAAUAGGUAGUACAGUUCAGUUAAUUUCUAUACACGAUCGUGGUUGGAACUUAUAUUUUUGGAAGAUAAUAUAAGAUUUAGGUUUGCUGAGGCGAUGGAUCAAAAGUUGUGGCUCCUAGUCGAGUGGGUAGACGAACAGAAUGUAUUUUCAAACUAUGGUGUGGUAAAAAGUAAUACUCUAAUUAACUACGAACCCGAUCUGCACACGGGAAAGUUGGUGUUUAUUCGCGACAAACAUAAUAAUGUAGCACGGAAAGGACAAAUUAUUAGGGUUUCUGAUAACAAAAAUUACGUGAAAGAGCUAAAGCUGAUGCUGGAGAGGCAAGACAAUCAGGUGAAAAACGUCCUAUCACUAUGUAUGAACACAAUCAAGGAAAUGAAAACGGGGUCUAUGUUUUUUAAUCCGAACCAAACCCAAUCGAUAUCUUGUCCGAGUGGAGUUAAUGCUCUGCAUCAUCAAGCACCCGAACCUAGCACUAGUGACAGCGACACGGACCAAGAGGUCAAUCCCGAGCUAAAUAUGACAAAAGCCACACUGAGAUACAGUAAUUUCCAACCUAAACGCUCUGAAUCCGUUACUAGUGGACAACUCGGCAGAUUACACGAAAAUACACUAUUUAACAAUCGGAGAUCCUUAGUAAGCAGCACUCCUUUACCUGAAAGGGUAAUACCUCCUGCCAACAUACUUGGAAAACUUCUAUUAGAUCAAGGAACUCAGACCGAUCCAAUAAAUGAAACAUCUAUGGAUAAACUUGAACAACUAGAAUCAGUACUGCAUCGUCUUUAUACGCAAUUCAUAACUCUAGUUUCUGAUUUGCAUAUCAAUGAGGAUGAACUGCAAACUCUAGAGGGAAUGUCCGUAAGGUCGGAUCAUAAUACUGAUGAUGUAAGAGAAGAGUCUGCUACGGAGCGUCAGACUACACCGAGCGUAGAACUCGAUUCGGAUAGCAAGAGGAAUGUUAAAGGUCUACAAGUUAGAAGAGCGUCAGCACAAACAACUAAUACUGGACUGCCUGUUGCUGAAAAUGUGGAUGAUAUGGUAUCCCUCGGGAGCGGCAAUGUUACUGUGCCGGCUAGAUUAAUGUCGGGAAUUGAUUGGUCCUCUUACACUUCCGCAACCAGACAUUUGCUGCAAGCUGUUUUUCCAAGGAAGAUCUUAGCCACUCAUUCGCUAAGUGGAAAACAGUCUCCGGCUUUCAAAAACAAACCGCCAAAAAAACUCCUAGAACCGCAAAUAGUAGAUGACAUUGUUAGUACCGUCUCUCAACGAUGUGGUGUCCCAAAAAGAAUUGUAAGGAGCUGCAUAACAACAAAAUGUACUGAUGAAGCGAAGAUGUACCGCAAUCGGCAACAUUUCAAAAAGAUGCGUGAUGAACAGAAUCGAGAAAACUUAUCGCCACCGUCGCCCGCCUCUUCAAACGAGUCUUCUAACCCUAGAGAUUAGAAUGACUGUUAUAAUCCCAUUUAUUAAAUCAUUCUUUAUGAAUACAUUCAUUGUAACACA